AAAACCCAACUCGGUCUUCCGCCUCUGCUUCCUUUCUUCCUCCAUCCAAAGCCGCGCAGCCAAAUCCGGAACAGAGCAGAGCAGAGCACGCGACGCCCGGGAAGGAACGCCAUGAGCCGCGCGCUCCUCUCUCACCUCCUCCACCGCCCGCCUCUCCUCUCGUCGAGGAGCGGUAUCCGGGGAGUAGGAGCGCUGCAUUCCCGCCUCCGCACCCUCCGUCUUAACUGUAGCGCGGCUGAAGCCACCGCCUCGGCCGAUGAGACGCCUGCUCCUCCGGCAAGGAAGAAAAGAGUAGUUUCUGGUGUACAGCCAACAGGAUUGGUGCACCUUGGAAAUUAUCUUGGCGCUAUUAAGAAUUGGGUUGCACUUCAGGAUUUAUACGAGACAUUCUUUUUUAUUGUGGACUUGCAUGCGAUUACUUUGCCAUAUGAAGCACCACAGCUAUCUAAAUCUACAAGAAGUACUGCUGCAAUAUAUCUGGCAUGCGGCAUUGAUAGCUCCAAGGCUUCUAUUUUUGUACAGUCUCAUGUCCGUGCUCAUAUUGAGCUGAUGUGGCUACUGAGUUCUUCAACUCCUAUUGGUUGGCUCAACAAAAUGAUCCAAUUCAAAGAGAAGUCACGCAAGGCGGGUGAUGAAAAUGUUGGAGUGGCGCUUUUGACAUAUCCUGUUCUAAUGGCUUCUGACAUCCUUCUCUACCAGUCCGAUUUGGUACCUGUUGGUGAAGAUCAGACACAACAUUUGGAAUUAACUCGUGAAAUUGCUGAACGUGUAAACAAUCUGUAUGGUGGAAGAAAGUGGAAGAAAAUGGGAGGGAGAGGCGGUUCACUAUUUAAGGUUCCUGAAGCCCUUAUCCCUCCAGCAGGGGCCCGUGUUAUGUCUCUAACUGAUGGUCUUUCCAAGAUGUCGAAGUCCGCUCCUUCUGAUCAAUCCCGUAUUAACCUUCUUGACCCAAAAGAUGUGAUCGUGAACAAGAUCAAACGGUGCAAAACUGACUCGCUUCCUGGCUUGGAAUUUGACAACCCAGAGAGGCCGGAAUGCAGCAAUCUUCUCUCGGUCUACCAGAUUAUUACUGGGAAAACAAAAGAGGAAGUUGUUAAUGAAUGCCAAGAUAUGAACUGGGGGACAUUCAAGGCUACCCUUACGGAUGCUCUAAUUGGUCAUCUGCAACCUAUUCAGGUCCGCUAUGAGGAGAUAAUGUCUGACCCAGGUUAUUUGGAUAAUGUUCUGCUUGAUGGAGCAGGGAAAUCUUCUGAGAUAGCAGAUACCACCCUCAACAACGUAUACCAAGCAAUGGGUUUCUUGCGCAGAUAGCAUAUGUUUCGCAACAUUUCAGAACUACAAGUUCAGAUUUUGUGUUCGAGCUGCAAGAUAGUCAAUACUAAUCUUCUGCCACUUGUUGGCCCUUUUACAUCUCCAAUUAGAUUAGCAUGUUAAUGCUGUUAAUCAUUUUGUUUGAUGAUACUUGGAUUAACAUUCUUCUUCUAAUAGGAUUGUUGAUGAAUUAUUUAUCUAAAAUAAAGUGCCAACGUUCUUUAUCUGGACCAAA